AGUGUUUGUGGAUAGUUUGUUGUGGAUAGUUUGUUGUGGAUAGUUUGUUAUAGUUUGUUGUGGAUAGUUUGUUGUGGAUAGUUUGUUGUGGAUAGUUUGAACUGCUGUGGGAUUUCUGGACGUGCAGCGUUUUCAUGAUUGACACGGCCAGGUUAGCUGUAGGCCGUAUCUUACAGUAUACAGGUUAGCUGGCUUUGCAUGGUUUUAUCUCUUUCAUUCUUGCAUGAAGUUCACAAGUUUAAUAUCUUUCAUUCUAGGACGUAGUUCACAAGUUUAAUAUCUUUCAUUCUUGGAUGUAGUUCAUAAGUUUAAUAUCUUUCAUUCUAGGUCGUAGUUCAUAAGUUUAAUAUCUUUCAUUCUAAGGACGUAGUUCAUAGGUUUAAUAUCUUUCAUUCUAGGAGGUAGUUCAUAAGUUUAAUAUCUUUAUUCUAUGAUGUAGUUCAUAAGUUUAAUAUCUUUCAUUCUUGGAAGUAGUUCAUAAAUUUUAUCUUUUUCAUUCUUGGAAGUAGUUCAUAAAUUUGAUCUCUUUCAUUCUUGGAAGUAGUUCAUAAAUUUGAUCUCUUUCAUUCUUGGAAGUAGUUCAUAAAUUUGAUCUCUUUCAUUCUUGGAAGUAGUUCAUAAAUUUUAUCUCUUUCAUUCUUGGAAGUAGUUCAUAAAUUUUAUCUCUUUCAUUCUUGAAAGUAGUUCAUAAAUUUUAUCUCGUUCAUUCUUGGAAGUAGUUCAUAAAUUUUAUCUCGUUCAUUCUUGGAAGUAGUUCAUAAGUUUUGCAUCUAGUCAAAGUGUUCUUUCUAUGUCUCCCAAAAUCAAUAUUUAUUGAAAUAUUUUUAUUUUGCAUAUUCUCAUUGUUGAUGUCCAUUUGUGUUUUUUUUUCAUCUUUCAAAGUUAUCUUUCACCCAUGUAGUUAUCAAAUUGAUGUGUUUGACUUCCAAGCUAUUGUAUGUUUAACUUCCAAGCUGUUGUGUGUUUAGCUUCCAAGGUGUUGUGUGUUAACUUCCAAGCUCUUGUGUGUGUAACUUUCAAGCUGUUGUGUGUUUAGCUUCCAAGGUGUUGUGUGUUUAACUUCCAAGCUCUUGUGUGUGUAACUUUCAAGCUGUUGUGUGUUUUUUUCUUUUGGAUGUUACAUGGAGUGUUUAGGUGCUGGGAGUUUUGAGUCCAAUACUUAGACUUAGACAUGUUACAUAGCAAUAUUGAAUAUUUCUAGCCAAUAUCUGGCUGUCUUAAAAGCAUCACAAAAAAUAAUUUCAUAACUGGUUGUGCUAUUUUCAUUGGGCGACUCACUGCACGCCUAACUUCCUGACUCCCUGACACCCUCACUCCCUGACACCCUCACUCCCUGACACCCUCACUCCCUGACUUUCAGUCACUGGAGGAGCAUACCAAAGUCCAUAUCUUUCAUGUUUGAGGGUGGCUACUCUUAUUUUUUCAAUGUUGGCACCUGGCCAAACAGGCCUAACUUAAUAUUCCGUUACAUCUACAGGUAAUUGGAUAAAUAAAAUAUAGUUUGGCUUUUUUCAUUCUUUUUUUUUCAUCUACUGGUAACUGAUUUCCAAAUGAUUACUAUAAGGCAAAUAGAAUGUGGAAGCUGAAGUCAAGCCAAAAGGACCACUGGUUCUGAUUACGUCAUUUCAACACUAUUUCAGGGGUGCAAUUGAAUAUACUGUUCACAGUAAUUUGUUUUGAGCAUUGGGUGAAAGAUUUUGAAAUUGUUGGGCUAUUUGUCUCUCCAGGAGAUGUGCUAUUAAUUUUAUUGAGCCAUUAUCAUUCAUGACACAAUUUCAGUAUCUGUAAUGCAAAUGAAAUAGCCAUAGCCAUGUCCAUAAUGCACAAUGAAAUAGCCAUAGCCAUUAUGCACAAUGAAAUAGCCAUGUCCAUAAUGCACAAUAAAAUGGCCAUGUCCAUAAUGCACAAUAAAAUGGCCAUAUCCAUAAUGCACAAUGAAAUAGCCAUAUCCAUUAUGCAUAAUGAAAUAGCCAUGUCCAUUAUGCACAAUGAAAUAGCCAUGUCCAUUAUGCACAAUGAAAUAGCCAUGUCCAUUAUGCAAAAUGAAAUAGCCAUGUCCAAAAUACACAAUGAAAUAGCCAUGUCCAUUAUGCACAAUGAAAUAGCCAUGUCCAUUAUGCACAAUGAAAUAGCCAUGUCCAUUAUGCAAAAUGAAAUAGCCAUGUCCAUUAUGCACAAUGAAAUAGCCAUGUCCAUUAUGCACAAUGAAAUAGCCAUUUUAAAUGAAGUUAUAAAUUGUACUGGGCCCUAAUGUUUGCAACAUAUUUAAAUCUGAUUUAUUUCAUAGGGAAAGUUAGAAAUGAUUAAAUGUUCUUUUUUAUUUGUUUUAAAGAUUUGAAUAUUGAAUAGGAGUUCAACUUAUUAGACAAACUCACUUGUAUGCUUUCAUUUAGUUAACUGGCCGUUAGUCUCUGCCACCGUCAGUCUCUGCCCUUAAAUUUUGGUGAUUGUUAUCCACCUUUAAAAAAACAACAACAUAAUUUGAGACUCACUGUUGCGGCCCUCCUCGUAUCUUUGGGGGACAUAGAGUGUUGCCCGAGCAAUCACAGCUUGUAUCACACACAACUGUUAAGAUCAACUUACAUGCUGUGAUCUCAUUCAAGUGGAUCUUAUAUGUCAUGUGCCUUGAAAGAACCUGCUUUGCAGCAGCCUUGGGAGCUGGGAGAAUAGGAGCCCAACUAUUGGGGCGGGGGGGGGGGAAGCAGUCGGAACUAGGAGGUGGGGGGGGGGGGGGUCUAACUAGGAGGGGGGGUAACAGUCUAAAUAGGAACUUGGGGGGUAGCAGCCCAAGGGGGUGGGGGUAACAGCCUAACCAGGAGGUGUGGGAUAAUAUCCUAACGGAGGGGGGUAGCAUCCUAAUUAUGGGGUGGGGGUAAUAGCCUCACUACGGGAGGGGUCACAUCAUUUUGAGGAUAUUUUUUUCAAGAGGAUGUAGUGCAGUAGAGAAGGGCAUGUAUCUUUAUUAAACGAGUAGUUUGGAAGUAUUAAGUAGAAAUCAUAAGAUCAUGAUUAAAAUUGUGUUGUUAAGACAACUGACAGAGGGGGAAAAAAUAAUAUAUUUAAAGGAAGUGAGAUAGAGUCUGACAAGAAAUAGAUUCUGACUGACAAGCAAUAAUUUGGUAUUAUAAACUCAGCAAUUAUUUAAUGUGAAGAAAGGAAAGAUUUGAAUUUUUUUUUUAAAAAAGCAAAAUUUAAUAAUGUACUUGUGCUACUCUUAACUUAUCCAUUUUUUAUUUUAAAAGAAUGGAUGAAUUUCGUGUAUUCUGUACAAUAGGGUUUAAUUUUAAAGGUUCCUGUUGGUCUCAACAUGCCUGCUAAAAGCAACUAAUUUUGGUCUCCCUUGUUAAAGCAGGACAGCAGCUCAUUGACACUAACACUCAGCUCACUACAGGACAGCAGCUCAUUGACACGAACACUCAGCUCACUACAGGACAGCAGCUCAUUGACACUAACACUCAGCUCACUACAGGAUAUCAGCUCAUUGACACUAACACUCAGCUCACUACAGGACAGCAGCUCAUUGACACUAACACUCAGCUCAUUACAUGACAGCAGCUCAUUGACACUAACACUCAGCUCACUACAGGACAUCAGCUCAUUGACACUAACACUCAGCUCACUACAGGACAUCAGCUCAUUGACACUAACACUCAGCUCACUACAGGACAGCAGCUCAUUGACACUAACACUCAGCUCACUACAGGACAUCAGCUCAUUGACACUAACACUCAGCUCACUACAGGACAUCAGCUCAUUGACACUAAAACUCAGCUCACUACAGGACAUCAGCUCAUUGACACUAACACUCAGCACACUACAGGACAGCAGCUCAUUGACACUAACACUCAUCACACUACAGGACAUCAGCUCUAACUGUGAUUGUGAGUCGAGUCUACAGGACAGCAGCUCAUUGACACUAACACUCAGCACACUACAGGACAGCAGCUCAUUGACACUAACACUCAGCUCACUACAGGACAUCAGCUCAUUGACACUACCACUCAUCUCACUACAGGACAGCAGCUCAUUGACACUAACACUCAGCUCACUACAGGACAUCAGCUCAUUGACACUAACACUCAGCUCACUACAGGACAGCAGCUCAUUGACACUAACACUCAGCUCACUACAUGACAGCAGCUCACUUACACUAACACUCAGCUCACUACAGGACAGCAGCUCACUGACACUAACACUCAGCUCACUACAGGACAGCAGCUCAUUGACACUAACACUCAGCUCACUACAGGACAUCAGCUCAUUGACACUAACACUCAGCACACUACAGGACAGCAGCUCAUUGACACUAACACUCAGCACACUACAGGACAUCAGCUCAUUGACACUAACACUCAGCUCACUACAGGACAUCAGCUCAUUGACACUAACACUCAGCUCACUACAGGACAUCAGCUCAUUGACACUAACACUCAGCACACUACAGGACAGCAGCUCAUUGACACUAACACUCAUCACACUACAGGACAUCAGCUCAUUGACACUAACACUCAGCUCACUACAGGACAUCAGCUCAUUGACACUAACACUCAGCACACUACAGGACAGCAGCUCAUUGACACUAACACUCAUCACACUACAGGACAUCAGCUCAUUGACACUAACACUCAGCUCACUACAGGACAUCAGCUCAUUGACACUAACACUCAGCACACUACAGGACAGCAGCUCAUUGACACUAACACUCAGCACACUACAGGACAGCAGCUCAUUGACACAAACACUCAGCUCACUACACACAUACAAACAAGAUCAUCUCAGCAAGAACAUUUGCUUCCCCCACCCCCCCCCACACACACACACAAACACACACAGGCAUAACAAUGAUGUUGAACCAAAAAACCAAGUGAUAGCUUUAUCCUAGAAAGCUGGGUGGGAAGAAGUCACCAAUGAUGUUAGUUUAUCUUAGGCAAUGUGGUGUGUGUUGUUUUAAAAUUAAUUCUGUACUAUGAGAGGGGGGGGGGCAACAUGUUUUGUGGUUUUCCUUUAAGUUUGACUGACACAUGAAAUUGCCACUUAACAGGCCUCAGCCCCUUACAGAGUAGCAAGUAUUGGUAACAUGUGGGGUGGGAGGUGGAGGGCUCCCUUGGCCAGAUGUUGAUGAUUAUGCUACAGGAAAUGUCCAGUUGUUCACUCUGACUCUGAACUAGCCAUGUGCUGACCAAUGAGUGCACUGGUGUAAACAUUGUCCAAUGAAAGUCUCCAUAAAAACCAAUUCACUUCAGACUGAUCUAACAGUUAUUGCCUGAAGUUGAUCUUUUAAAAUGAGCUAACAGUUAUUGCCUGAAGUUGAUCUUUUAAAAUGAGCUAACAGUUAUUGCCUGAAGUUGAUCUUUUAAAAUGAGCUAACAGUUAUUGCCUGAAGUUGAUCUUUUAAAAUGAUCUAACAUAUUAUUACCUGAAGUUGAUCUUUUAAAAUGAGCAAACAGUUAUUGCCUGAAGUUGAUCUUUUAAAAUGAUCUAACAGUUAUUGCCUGAUGUUGUAGUUUCCAUUUCAUUAAUAAAUUUUUACAAUAUUAAAUACAUCUUUUAAAGGUGUUCAGAGAUGUUGAUCUAUCAUAUAUAAUAUAAAGAGCAUGAACCUUAGCUGGCCUGAGACACAGCACAGAAGACAGAAAACUUAGCUGGCCUGAGACACAGCACAGAAAACUUAGCUGGCAGCUGGCCUGAGACACAACACAAAAGACAGGAAACUUUCCAUUACAACACAAUCUUCAUAAGACAUACAAUGAGAGCACUUGUCAUGAGGACAGUGUUUCAUCACUCAACAUAAACCAGACUUUAACAUUGACUGAAUAAACCUUAACAUUGACUGAAUAAACCUUAACAUUGACUGAAUAGACUUUAACAUGGACUGAAUAGACUUUAACAUUGACUGAAUAGACUUUAACAUUGACUGAAUAGACUUUAACAUUGACGGAAUAGACUUUAACAUUGAUUGAAUAUACAUAUUGCCCCAUUUUUUUUAAUUGAAUAUACAUAUUGCCCCGUUGUUUGUGCAAGUUAUACUCUGUCUCUUAAAGUUAGUUAUACUCAGUCUCUUAAAGUUGUUGCUAACAAACUUAACAUUGAACGGGCAUAGAGCAACCCUCACCCUAAGAUAAGACAACUCUCUCUGUCGGGCAACCCUCACUCCAAUAUUAGGAAUAUUUUUUAAAUUCAAUUUUGAAAUUGUUAUAAAUGCCUUUGGGGGGGGGGGGGGGUGUUCAACUAUUAGAUGGCUAUUGAUUAUGACAGACUUCCUUUGAAGUGUGAGUCAGACUGUCCUGAUUUUUAUCAUCACAGUAAUAAUUUAGUGAAUAAAGAAGUCAAACUUAAAUAAGCUAAAUGAGGGUUGGGUGUGGGAAUGUUUAAUGUUUUAGGUGUUUAAUCAAUUUAACGUGUCAAAACAUUUCAAUCAUUGGGACAACAACAUUCGCGCACACCUAUCACUUACCACAACUUAAGUAAUACACACAACUUAAGUAAUACACGAGUGGAAAACAACAAGAUCAGUGUUUGUGAACCAUUGUCAUCAGGAGUGGCUUAUUUUAAAGUGGCCCCGCCGUGGCGGUCAUGAUUUGUUGAAUCCGUCGUAAUUUGUUGAAUCCGGUUGGAACUCAACAUGAGUCAAGUACUGAAUGUGUCGAGAUGUCUGGCAACUUCUUCUAAUUUUUCUAGUGGCUUCGAAGGAAUAGAGCAUUGAAAAUGAAUUUGUGUACAUGUGGACCAGCUGGUGAUAUAAUUAUUACAUAUUAUUUUGAAAUUUAGCUCUUUACAAAGACUGAUGUAAAUCGUGAAUAUUUUCAGUUAAAUAAAUUUCUUUUUUUUUAUUACUGUCAUUAAAUGGAUUUAAGUGGAUUUACUAAUAUUCUUUUGUUAGAACUCCAUGCCGGAGAUAAGUCACUAAUUGAUUACACCUUGAAAUAACUUGUCUUUUACUUUUGUUCCAUCUAAGUCAUAGUGCCAUUAAUCUAAGCAAAUGAUCAUUGAUUUUCCUUUUAGAUGUAUAUCAAUGGCCAUCACGCACAAUGUUAGUGUGGGGCCAAGACUUAAGAGCCAGAUGUGAUUCACAAGUUCCUCAGUUCUCUUUAAAAACCUUUUUUUUUCACUCACACUAAUAGAAUUGCAUGUAAAUGUGAUGUUUUAUAAUCACAGAUUAGUCCAUGUAAAUGUAAUGUUUUAUAAUCACAGAUUAGUCCAUGUAAAUGUAAUGUUUUAUAGUCACAGAUUAGUCCAUGUAAAUGUAAUGUUUUAUAGUCACAGAUUAGUCCAUGUAAAUGUAAUGUUUUAUAGUCCCAGAUUAGUCCAUGUAAAUGUAAUGUUUUAUAAUCACAGAUUAGCCCAUGUAAAUGUGAUGUUUUUUAAUCACAGAUUUUUGUUUCGCUGUUGGAAAAGGGAGAGGGCAUAUACAGGGAGAGAAAUGUGUUUGAUGGAAAUUAAUUAAUACUUUUGCCAGCCAUGAUACCUAUCAUACUGCUCAUCUUUCACACUUCAUGGCCAAUUUUAAAAACUGUCAGUCUAAAAUAUUUUGUUUCUCCCUCCUCAGAAUGGCUAACAAUGGCAAGACCCCACUCCAACGAUAGUUUGAAGGAAAAACUGCAAGAAGACUUCUUAUCUUGUAAAAUAUGUCUUGAGCCGCUGAGGCGUCCUAAGGCUCUGCCUUGUUUACACUCCUUCUGUGAGCUAUGUCUCAAGGUACGUUGUAUUUUGUUGUUGGUUGCAAUCACAGGUCUUAACUCCACUGGUUGUCUUUUGUUGUUGGUUGCAAUCACAGGUCUGAACUCCACUGGUUGUAUUUUGUUGUUGGUUGCAAUCACAGGUCUUAACUCCACUGGUUGUAUUUUGUUGUUGGUUGCAAUCACAGGUCUUAACUCCACUGGUUGUAUUUUGUUGUUGGUUGCAAUCACAGGUCUGAACUCCACUGGUUGUAUUUUGUUGUUGGUUGCAAUCACAGGUCUUAACUCCACUGGUUGUAUUUUGUUGUUGGUUGCAAUCACAGGUCUUAACUCCACUGGUUGUAUUUUGUUGUUGGUUGCAAUCACAGGUCUUAACUCCACUGGUUGUCUUUUGUUGUUGGUUGCAAUCACAGGUCUGAACUCCACCAGGUCUUAACUCCACUGGUUGUCUUUUGUUGUUGGUUGCAAUCACAGGUCUUAACUCCACUGGUUGUAUUUUGUUGUUGGUUGCAAUCACAGGUCUUAACUCCACUGGUUGUCUUUUGUUGUUGGUUGCAAUCACAGGUCUUAACGCCAUUGGUUGUCUUUUGGAUCUCAUCUCCGCUAAGCUGCAUUCUUCUUAUGAGUUAUUCUUUGCUACAUGGGCAAGUAUGGAUGGCUUGUUGUUUUUGUUUCUCUGCACUAUGAUGUGUGCCAGGUUUUAAACCAUUUCUCUACCUUUCACAUUUAUUGGUGGACAUUGCUUAGCUUCUUUUUAUGAGUAUUCAUUCAGAGUAUAUUUAAAUUUGAUAGACUUCUAACGUUUAACCAAAACGUAUCUUUGACCUGCCAGAUACACUUGUUUUUAUCUCUAUUUAAUGAACUGUGAAGGCCUCUCAGAAGUGUGACACUAGCUGGCACUAGAUUAUUGAAUAUUUUUUGCCUUACACUAUUCUUGUUCCUGGUUCAAAAUCUGGGCUCAUUUUUAUGAUGCCAAAUGAUUGAAUGCAGAAUGUUGAAAGAUGUGAGUAGAGCUGAAGCUGUUAUUUAAGAGUUGGUAGAAUAGAUCAGAUGAGGAAUAACUGUUUUCUUUUCUUCAUUUUUUAAAUUCUCUCCCUUUGCCCUAUAAUAGUUGAAUGAUCUUUUAAAAAAAAAAAAUCAACCUGUAUGAUUACAAUGGUUAUUUGAUAUCGCUAAUCUUUCUUUGCAGGACUACGUCCGCCGUAACCCCGGAAACCAGCCCGGCUACUUCCCGUGCCCAAUGUGUCGCAAAAGCACCCAGGUGCCUGAGAAUGGGGUCGGUGGCUUUCCGGACAACUUCAUCCUGUUGAGUCUGGCGGACACCAUAGAAGAAGACCACUGGCCACCGGCCGGCAACAGUGGCCACCUGUACCAGUCCUCUCCACCACGGGGUUUGUACCCACCGUCACCCAGAGAACAAAGACAUAGAGCUCAUGAGUAAGCUGCGUGGUCAAGUGGACUUUUUCAAUUAGCCAUUGUCCAUCAAAUGUCAUUUGUCUUAUAUAAUAUUAGAAAUAACAAGACUUAUUUCAAGACUUAUUUCUUUCAAGGAAAAGAAUAUCCUUCUAAGUUCUAAACAUAAUUUUUUUAGUACAAAUAGUUAUAUGUGCUAUAAAGUUAACAUCUUUCACUAAGUGAAUUACAUUUUUGCACCCCAGUUGGUAUUUUGGAAAAGUCAGCCGGAAUGCUUCUGAAGAAUGGCUGCUUGCACCUGACUAUCCAAAAGGCACAUUUUUGGUGCGAUUAGGAGAGAUGUCUCCAGGUAGGUUGAUUUACUUCUCAUUCUUAUAUCAAAUAAUUAGUUUUUGAUUUGAAAUCUAGUCAUUAAGAAACUUACCAGCAAGACUCUAUGCCAUGUUACCAGCAAGAUUCUAUGCCAUAUUACCAGCAAGAUUCUGUGCCAUAUUACCAGCAAGAUUCUAUGUCAUAUAACCAGCAAAACUGUAUGCCAUAUUACCAGCAAGACUGUAUGUCAUAUUACCAGGAAUACUCUAUGCCAUAUUACCAGCAAGAAUCUAUGCCAUAUUACCAGGAAGACUGUAUACCAUUUUACCAGGAAGACUCUAUGCCAUAUUACCAGCAAGACUCUAUGCCAUAUCACCAGCAAGACUAUGCCAUAUUACCAGCAAGACUGUAUACCAUUUUACCAGGAAGACUCUAUGCCAUAUUACCAGCAAGACUAUGCCAUAUUACCAGCAAGACUCUUUGCCAUAUUACCAGCAAGACUCUUUGCCAUAUUACCAGCAAGACUCUUUGCCAUAUUACCAGCAAGACUCUUUGCCAUAUUACCAGCAAGACUCUUUGCCAUAUUACCAGCAAGACUCUUUGCCAUAUUACCAGCAAGACUCUUUGCCAUAUUACCAGCAAGACUCUUUGCCAUAUUACCAGCAAGACUCUUUGCCAUAUUACCAACAAGACUCUUUGCCAUAUUACCAGCAAGACUCUUUGCCAUAUUACCAGCAAGACCCUAUGCCAUAUUACCAGCAAGACUCUAUGCCAUGUCAUAUGACCAUCAAGACUGUAUGCCAUAUUACCAGCAAGACUAUAUGUCAUGCCAUAUGACCAUCAAGACUGUAUGCCAUAUUACCAGCAAGACUCUAUGCCAUGCCAUAUCACCAGCAAGACUAUGUCAUAUUACCAGCAAGACUCUAUGCCAUGCCAUAUCACCAGCAAGACUCCAUGCCAUAUCACCAGCAGGACUAUGCCAUAUGACCAGCAAGACCCUAUGCCAUAUUACCAGCAAGACUCUAUGCCAUGCCAUAUGACCAGCAAGACUGUAUGCCAUAUUACCAGCAAGACUCUAUGCCAUGCCAUAUGACCAUCAAGACUGUAUGCCAUAUUACCAGCAAGACUCUAUGCCAUGCCAUAUUACCAGCAAGACUAUGCCAUAGUACCAGUAAGACUAUGCCAUAGUACCAGUAAGACUAUGCCAUAGUACCAGCAAGACUCUAUGCCAUAUUACCAGCAAAAGACUAUGCCAUGCCAUAUGACCAUCAAGACUGGAUGCCAUGUUACCAGCAAGACUCUGCCAUGCCAUAUUACAAGCAAGACUCUAUGCCAUGCCAUAUUACCAGCAAGACUAUGCCAUAUUACCAGCAAGACUCUAUGCCAUGCCAUAUUACCAUCAAGACUGUAUGCCAUAUUACCAGCAAGACUCUAUGCCAUGCCAUAUCACCAGCAGGACUAUGCCAUAUGACCAGCAAGACUCUAUGCCAUAUAACCAGCAAGACUCUAUGCCAUAUUACCAGCAAGACUCUAUGCCAUAUUACCAGCAAGACUCUAUGCCAUGCCAUAUGACCAUCAAGACUGUAUGCCAUAUUACCAGCAAGACUCUAUGCCAUGCCAUAUGACCAUCAAGACUGUAUGCCAUAUUACCAGCAAGACUCUAUGCCAUGCCAUAUGACCAUCAAGACUGUAUGCCAUAUUACCAUCAAGACUCUAUGCCAUGCCAUAUUACCAGCAAGACUAUGCCAUAGUACCAGUAAGACUAUGCCAUAGUACCAGCAAGACUCUAUGCCAUAUUACCAGCAAAAGACUAUGCCAUGCCAUAUGACCAUCAAGACUGGAUGCCAUGUUACCAGCAAGACUCUGCCAUGCCAUAUUACAAGCAAGACUCUAUGCCAUGCCAUAUUACCAGCAAGACUAUGCCAUAUUACCAGCAAGACUCUAUGCCAUGCCAUAUUACCAUCAAGACUAUGCCAUAUUACCAGCAAGACUCUAUGCCAUGUACUAGUUGGUUUCUUAUAUUAAUACAUAAAUGUUUUGUUUUGUUUUGCUUCUCCAUUCUGUAUGGUGGUUGUACUUGUCCAUUCUGUCUGGUGGUUGUACUUGUCCAUUCUGUCUGGUGGUUGUACUUGUCCAUUCUGUCUGGUGGUUGUACUUGUCCAUUCUGUCUGGUGGUUGUACUUGUCCAUUCUGUGUUGUGGUUGUACUUGUCCAUUCUGUCUGGUGGUUGUACUUGUCCAUUCUGUCUGGUGGUUGUACUUGUCCAUUCUGUCUGGUGGUUGCACUUGUCCAUUCUGUCUGGCGGUUGUACUUUGGUUAAAUCAAGAUGUGUACAAAAUAUGGCUCCUCAUCUAAAACUGUUCAUUAUAAGAUGUUUAAUAUGACUCUCAGAUACCUAUACGUUGAGUGUAAGAGACUGUGAUGAACUGCGGGGCUACCUUGUGAAACAUUACAAGAUCAUCACAAAGAGGAUGUCUAACGGCAGAGAGUGCUACUUCAUCACCAAGCAAAGAGCUUUCCAGUCUCUGGCCGAACUGGUCAAGCAUUACCAAGGUGAGACUUAAUCCAGGGAAUAAUUGUUGGAACUAAGCUCUGGUUCAUUAGAACAUGGGUUUCUUGAUUUUGAUAGCAUGCCUGUCUAAAGCCUGCUGCCCUAGAUAGGGGUGGGCUACCCUGCCUGGUUUUUAAGAGGGUAAGAUUUAAAGUUGAGUUUCCAUUAGGAUCUAAAACAGCGGUUUUCAACCUGUGGGUUGCAACCCGUUUGGGGGUCGAAGGACCCUUUCCCUGGCAAUGUACUGUACUUAAAAUUUUGUAAAAAUAAUGCUUUUGAUUAUUUAUUUUUUUAACAGUCAUCUCUUGAUUUUCUUUAUGUUUCUUUGCUAAAACAAGAUUGACAAGUAAGGACAGUAAUACCUUUGUUAAUCGCUCACAUAGAAUUACAGCUUCUCAACAAUUAUUGUUUUUAAAUGUAUACGUUUCUGAAAUUGCUCGUUGGAGUACUAGGCUGGAGUACUGCGCUAUAUAAAACCACCUUAUAAUAAUACAUUUUAAAUGGUUUUUGCAUUUCUGUUCUAACAGACUCUGUCGAUGGGCUGUGCUGUAAACUGGCCUCAACGUGCGCUAAGCCUCGUUCCUUAAUAUGGGCAAUGGAACGUGGAAAAGACGAUGAAUUCAUGACUGAGCGAAACACCUUGCAUCUCAUUAAGAAACUCGGCAGUGGACAAUUUGCUGAAGUGUGGCUCGGUCAGUACUUUCUUGACGGUCCUUUCAUUUUUAAAAACCACAAGUCUUUUGAUCCUGUGGCCAUAUUUGAGUGGCGCACACAAAAAGUCAAACCAGAGGGUCUAUCGACCUGAUCACUACAUUGGGACGGGUGGCUAAAGUAGUUCGAGAAGCUGCUUGUAAUGUCCUAACUGCCACUUCCCUCGUAGGGUGGUCAAAGUAUUUUUUGUCCAGACUUUCUUUAGAAACUUGGCCUGUACAUGAUUUCAAGAUCAUAUGCUCUUCUGGCAAGUUUAGUAACUCUACUUAAAAACAUAAAUAAAUUUAUUAUAAAAUGAGUAUUUCUCCCUUUUUUUUUACCUUGUUAAAUAUUAUUAUUUAUGUUUAGUUCAAAAUUUUGAAAAAUGUAACAACCUUUUAGGACAGACAACUUUUCCUUGUUACAAUUUUUAUUUCCCUUGCAAUUAAAUUAAAUAUCAAUGCUAAAAUAUAUACUUUUAAAAUUUUAAAAUUAAAGUAAAUUGUAGAUGUUAACAAUAAAAGGACUAUAAACCGGUCUUAUUUAUAAACUUGCAAUUAACUUAUUAUUUUUUUCCUUAUUCAGCAAAGUGGCAAGGCUCAGCUGAUGUUGCGGUAAAAAUACAAACAAUUAACUGUGUGACAACAGCAGCAUUCCUGGACGAGGCUCAGAUACUUAAGACAUUACAGCACCCGAACAUUCUUGAACUCCGAGGCGUGUGCAGCGAAGUGGAACCCGUCUAUCUUUUGAUGGAGUACAUGCCCAGGGGACAGCUGUCAAAGUAUCUCAGGGAAACCGGUGCUGGUUUAGGCCUUUCACAACUGAUCUACAUCGGUGCUCAGGUAAGAAAUACCAUAUUAACCACCUUGCCGCAAAUUUUUGAGUUUUGAAUACCCUAUAACAAUUUUUGAUUUAUGUAAAGUUGAAAUUUAAAAAAAAAAAAAUGUUGCUUAUUUAAUACCCUGAAUCCUAAAAGUAAAACAAAACAAAACAAGGACAUGUGUUCAUAUUGAAUAGAUGUGUCAUUAUUAAAUACAGGCUAACUAUUAAAUUGAAGAAUUCCAAUCCAUGCUUUGAAAAUUCCUAAAAGCAUUAGGAUACAAAAGUGUUCCAUUUUCAAAACAGUUAAAAUAAUUGUUUUAAGUUUUAGUGGAUCUGAAAGGAAUACAUUUUUAAAUGAAAAUAAUCAAAUAUAUAUUUAAAAUAGAUUUAAUACCAUUUUUCAUUUUUGCUCUAAAAAAAAUGGAUAUGUGUGUAGAUGCACAAAGAAUUCUAUAACUGUUCUAUGGAUGUGUGUGCAAAUACACAAAGAAUUCUAUAACUGUUCUAUGGAUGUGUGUGCAAAUACACAAAGAAUUCUAUAACUGUUCUAUGGAUGUGUGUGCAAAUACACAAAAAAGUUUAUAACUUCUUUGGAUGUUUGUGCAAAUACACAAAUAAUUUUAAAACUUUUCUUGUAUCAACAGGUUGCUGAUGCAAUGGCUUACAUGGAGAAAGAAAAAUUUGUGCAUAGAAAUCUUGGGGCCAGAAACAUUCUUGUGGGAGACGCCAACAGAGUCAAAGUGGCAGGCUUCGGGAUGACAAAAGCUGUUGAUGACCCAGAUUUUAACUUCAGACGAGGUACAUUUUUACAGCCUAGAGCGGUGUAUUUCAGCUUGAACCAGUUUGUGUCUUCUUACUUUGGACAGAGUUGUGUUGUGGAUUUACUGCUGCUUUCAACUGAUUGGCAGUCAUUGUUAUCAGAGGAUUCACUUUUAUUGGCAGUCAUUGUUAUCAGAGGAUUCACUUUUAUUGGCAGUCAUUGUUAUCAGAGGAUUCACUUUUAUUGGCAGUCAUUGUUAUCAGAGGAUUCACUUUUAUUUUGUAGGAAUGUUUUUUGCAGUUUCCCUGCUUUGUUACCAUAUUUAGUAAAUCAGAUGUGUAGUUUCAACUUACAAAGAUGUCAGGGUAUGUAAUUGUUGCCAUUUUACUGGUUUAAAAUGAGAUGGGCCUAACCUUAUGAUGAACUUAGCGAUGUUGUCCUAACCUUAUGAUGAACUUAGCGAUGUUGUCCUAACCUUAUGAUGAACUUAGCGAUGUUGUCCUAACCUUUUGAUGAAUUUAUCAAUGUUGCCCUAACCUCAUUAUGAACCUAUCCAUGUCGUCCUAACCUCAUUAUGAACUUAUCGAUGUUGCCCUAACUUUAUGAUGAACUUAUCGAUGUUGUUUGUGAAUAUCUACAGGCCUCAAAAUGGCCAUAAAAUGGAUGGCACCUGAGGUUUUAUUAUACAACAAGUACAGCACCAAGGCAGAUGUUUGGUCUUUUGGCAUAGUUCUCAUGGAAAUAUUCACACAUGGAAAAGAGCCGUAUGAAGGUAUGUAUGCUUGUAUUUGUAGUUUGUUCUGUGAUGAAUGCAAGGUUAAAUCAAAUUAUUGUUGUUGGAGGCAAACUUCCAAACAAAAAAAAAAAGUUAUUUUUUGUUUCCAGUUAAUAGAACUGAUGCAACUAAUUUUUUUUUCCUAAUUGAUUUUUUAAACUUUAAAUAUUUCUCCAACACCUUAAAAGAAUUUGCGACAUGGCAGUUUAAAUCUGUGACUAUAUCUUCAUAUAGAACCAAAACUAAGACCAUCGGUGAACGCUCCUUCUACUUCCAUGGGCCCACGUUCUGGAACUUCCCCCCCCCCUUUCCAUAUCCGUCAUUGUGAAACCUCGUCCACUUUUAAAAAGUCCCUUAAAACCCAUCUGUUUAGGUCCGCCUAUGACCUGUGAUGCACCCUCCUUGCCCUGCCUCAUUUUCUGUCUCGGGUUAAUCCGGUAAUAUAGGCCAAAAUGUGCCAAAGUGUCCUCAUUUUAUAGCCAUUUUAAUUGUUUCUAUAGUAUAGUAGUUACUAUCCUAAUGUCUCAUUUUUAUUUUACUUAGUUUACAUGUUUUUAAUAAUUGUAAAGCGCUUAGAGCUUUAAGGUAAGCGAUAAAUAAAAAUGCCUAAAUAAAUAAAUAUUAAAAACUAUAAUUUGUGACUUAACCAAGUUAAAAGCUGAGAUGGACAUUGUAAAAAUGUAAAGUGCUUCCUUCUUGAGAGCCAGAAUUAAUUAUAUAUACAAUUUUUUUAUGAUGCUGACAGAUCUACACAUUAGAUAUCAUAAUUUAAAAAUUAUUUACAGAAAUGAUAAAAUGGCUUUAUUCCAGUUUGCACUGAUCAUUGAAUUUUGUUUCAUUUUACAUACAUAUCUAUAUUUAAGCAUUUACAUUUACAAUAAAUGAAGUUGUCCGCCUUAUGCAUCAAAAGUAGGUUAGGCAGGAGUGAGCUAAACACUAAAAAAAUAUAACUACAUUUGUUGAAAUGUGACUGAAAAAUUUUAUUGCCAGGAGAAAAAACCUCCAUUUGUUAGUUUUGACAUGUCUUCAAUUAAUUUGUAUAAUAUUUUGCCUUGUAGUCUAUUUAAAGUUAAUCAAGUCAAAUGACUAUCUCUUUAUUUCCUCAGACAAGGCAAGUAAAGAGGCCUUUGAGAGUGUUCAGGAUGGAUAUCGUAUGCCUAAACCAGACAAUUGCCCACAAGAGGUCUAUGAUGUCAUGCUCACCUGUUGGCAAAGUAAUGCUCAUUCAAGGCCGUCGUUUGAUUUUCUUAACACAUUUCUCAACGAUUUUGAGAGCUGACAGCACUGUGGGACGUCUCAACGGAUUUUAAACAUCUGACCUCCUGCCCAGCAGUAGGAUCUACCAUGACACCAGGAACCAUAUUUCUUGGAAUCAAGACAAGUGUUUUGGCAUCAGGCAUUCUUAGAAACUCAAUAAUUUCUGCUAGAAACACACGGCCAAUAAAGAGGGGUGCCUGCAGCAUGUAAUGUCCUAGCAAGACCUGAUGUCCUAGCAAGACCUGAUGUCCUAGCAAGACCUUAAAACUUUGAUUUGAUGUUCAAAUUGUACUAAAGGUUGUCAGUAUUCAAUGCUGUGGCUCGUCUUGUUGAUAGAGGAAGGUCAAACACGUGCUAAUAAAAUGACCUCACAGACUUGAGACAAUGCAUAAUUAAUUCACAGCUGUGUUUUAAAUUCAAAGGGCAUUGGAUUUUUCAUUGAGAAUGACAAGUUCUGAGAAUUACUCGUUCUGAUAUAUAGGGGAAAACAUCUGCAAUGAUUUUUUAACAGUUUUUUUUAAAAAGGUUAGCAUGUCGACGAAUUUAGACUGGACUUGGAAGCAACCUUUAAAAGGAAAAACAAAUAUUUUUGACAAAAAUUACAUAGAGAAAAUUCAACUUUACUCGCUAUGGCUCUUGUUAACAAAAAAUUUUGGCCUGAAAUUUUCUGCAGUCUUCAUGUUUUACCUUAGUUUUAAUGUCAAGGACACGCUUAGUACAUCACAGUAAAAGUUAUUAGAAAUGGUGAGACCUUUUUCCCGCAGAGAGACACGACAACUUGUUGACAUCAUGGCUGCUUAUUUAAAGGUCACUAAAAGGACCAUUACUUCAACUAUUUUCAUCUUAAUACUAUCAAGUGAAGCUCAGUCAAGUUUUUUGUGUUUGGCGAGGUGGGUAUUAAUCUGACCUCAUUUUGUGCUCAUACACACACACAUUUGCCUAUGGAAAUAUUUCAGUCAAGAGCCGAGUGGUAUUAGUCUUAGCUGACUCUAGUGUUGCGACCAGAUCAAUCUAACUCUAUCAGUCUUCUAAAUCCUAAAAAGUACUAAAUUUUUGAAGCUGAAAUGUUGAUUAAAAGAAGCUAAUCACAUUUUAAAUCAAACAUUGCUUUAAACGCAAGCACCCACAAGGUGCUUGUACGACACAUUAGCACUUGGCAGAUCCAUGAAAAAAAAAAUAAUUAAGCGUAUUGUUCAUGCUGAUUUCGCUGAUUUUCGUAGAGAAUGAACGGCUAUGAUGACAUCUCUUUUUGGACGUCACCUGGAUUUCCUCGCAUGUCCCUUCACAAUUGUAAAUGACCCUGGUGUGUCUGGUGAGGAGAACCAUUGGAAAAGAACUCCUGGUUGUGUGUUCAUAAAAAUAACAGUUGGUCUUGUCAUAUGUUAUGGUCUGUUCAUUCCUAGAAACAUGAACAGGAGCUGAAAUGCCCAUACUAAAUUUACAAGAAAGAAACAAUUCACGUUCUGCAUGUGGAAAAUAUGGGGACAUCGAGUGAUCCCUAUUAUUGUCUUCUGCUUAAUGUUAAUUAAUUCUUAUAAACUUUUGUUCAUGGAUUGUUGAUCAAAGCCAAUUUUUAAAUUCAUGUACCUAAAAUAUCGAAGGACAGAACAGGAAAAACAUUUGCAGUAGCUGGCUAUUGAUGAGCCGGCAAGAAUUUUGUGAAAACAAUAUUUCUAAAUUGUAUUUUGUUAAGUUCUUAAUAUCUUUUCAGUGCUACUAUGUAGUCUUGUGUACACUAAUAUUUGUACUUCAUUGUGACCGUUCCUCAGUUAAGAAUUGACUAUGUUCCACUGCUAGUUUCGACCUUUUCACUCUAAAGCAGCGAUUCUCAACCUGUGGGUCCGUGACCCCUUUGGGGGUCCAAGGACCCUUACACAGGGGUCGCCUAAGACCACAGGAAAACACAUUUAUGAAGUAGCAACGAAAAUAAUUUAUGGUCGGGGGGGGGUGGGGCAUCACAACACGAGGAACUGUAUUAAAGGGUCACGGCAUUAUGAAGGUUGAAAAUCACUGCUCUAAAGCUAUUUCAUUGAAACCUAAACAUUUUCUCCUGCCCAGCCCUGAGAUAAACAUCUUCUGUAUAAUGUAUUUAUAGGGGAAAUAUUGAUUGUAUUGCAACAAUGUAGAUACUGGUGAUGUUUAUGUGUUCUGUUAUCCCUUUGGUAUGUUUUAUAUUUAAUAUGAUGUUUAUCAUGAACGAUGGCAAAUAAUCUUAACAUGUGUUUAGUGAACAAACAAACAAAUUACAGAUACGCUUCAUAGCAUUACAAGUGUAUAUAGAUAUACAUAAUAUAUUCACAAAUACACUGUCUGCUUGUUAUUUUUUAAAAUGUUAUCUUUUAUUAAAAGGACAUCUUUAGAAGCAAAAGCUAAAACUAAUACAUUUUUAUUAUUGUAUUUUUAUAAUUAAGACGCAAUAUCCAGCCAGUCCUUCAAUGAAAUGUGCCAGUUAACAACUUCCCAAUGUGAAACCUUUAUGCAAAGCUCGCUGCUAAACUACUCUUUCUGUUGGUGGAUAAAACCAUCCGAAGACUGUGUCAACUAUGCACUUAUUUGUAUUGUAAAUAAUGUGGAUACCAAUAUUUUUGUUACACCUUUUUUUUUUCCUUCAUAAAUUUGAAAUGUUCUUACGGGUUUUCCUUGUCACCAUGAAUGACCACAUGAACCGACCCUGGCAAUAUUACACAGUGCAUUUGUACAAGGACCAACCUCAGUCUUUAUGGUCUUUUUUUCUUCCCCUCUUCUUUUUACAUCGUGUUAUGGAAGACCCACAGAUCUGUUAGUCAGUUGAUAUUGUGUACGGUUUAGUCAUUUAAGAAAUAUAAACUUUAAACAAAAAAUAAGCUCCAACUGAACGGGAAAUUCAGUUAUGUCAGACACUUGCCACCUUUAUUAAAAUGUAUUGUUUUUUCAUUCUCCACUUUCUGCCGUUUAAAAAAAAUUACUAAACAUAAAAUUUUCUUCCUAUUUCCGUGUGGUUAAGACCCAUGUUAUCAAACAAAAUGUCAGUAGAUCUGCCCAAAUCUAGUUUCAUGUUAAACGUCUACUUAUUUCAGACAUACAUUUUCCCCCCAAUAUUCGAACAUGUAUUAUAAAGGUUUUCUUCAUUCCCAAUUCCGCUAUCAGUUUCUUAUUAAAUGUAUAAUUGAGUUAUUUUAAAUACAAUUUAUAACUAAGUUUUAUUAUAUGAAGUAUUGUGUAAUGGCUUAAAGUCAUUUCUCUCUGGAUCUGUACAUUUUCAUUGUUAAAUGUUUCAAGAGUAUGAAUGUGUUACGUGUAAGUUGCUGUUUGUUUUUAAAUUGAAUCACUACUGAAUUAUUAUUUUGCCCAUAGGGUCAACAAAAAUCAAUUCCUCCAUUUGAAAAAACAAGAUAUAUUUUAAAAAAAACAAAUUCAUAGCUACACAUCGUUACUUUAGCAACCCAUGCUGUUAAAUAGCUACCCAUGCUGAUGCGGCUCAUAGGGAAUCAUGAAGAGAAAUUCUUAUUUGACAUUUCCAGCUUUGUACAAUUCAUGUAAAUGCCAUACUCUCCCAGAUGUUUUCUCCUUUGGUCAAUUAUGUGUAUCACCUGUAUGAACGUGUGUCCAGUACUUAAUUAGAAUAAACAUACAUAAUUGUCUUGUACUUGUAUCAUGAGGUUUGGACUCUUUCUCCUUGUUUACAUCUCAUCUUUCAAGCUACUUCAUUUUGACAUGAAAUUCUUGUGAUGUUUUGUGGAAACGAAUGUUUUGCUGAAUAUUUGAAUGGGAUUAACAAAUUCAUCGUAAAAUGAAAUUAAAGUACAUUUUAUAGGUUUCUAAACGUUGUUGUCUUUAUUUACAAAAAACA